AUGGUCACCUUCGCAAUCGUCCUGAUCUUCGGACACGAACUUCCCUUGGGCCGCUCGUUGCCAACGUGUUGGCUUGAUCGGAUCUGCGUUCAUCAAACAGACAUGGACAAGAAGAAAGAGCAGAUCAAUGCUUUGCCAGUCUUUGUUGCGCAAUCUUCCAAGAUGCUGGUUUUGUGGGAUCAGACAUACUUCGAAAGGCUUUGGUGCAAUCUAGAGUUGGCAACGUGUGCGCGUUAUGGGGGCACUGAUAAAAUUGAGUUGAUGCCUCUUUGGUUGGCUCCGUGGUUGCUGUCCACAAUUUUCCUGGAUCUGUUAAGUGCAGGCAUAUUGGAGAUCAUGUUCCACCUUUUUCCCAACUACAGUGCGGCAUGGAUGCACGACAUUUCUGAGAUGUCUGAAUCUAUAUUCGGGCACAAUCCUGCCAUGGAAUCAUUCGUAUCCACUUUUGCCGUUUGGAUGUUUUCGGGCAUCGCUUAUCUGCCCGUUUCUAUACCCAGUUUCUUCUGCUUUCGAGCAAAGCUUCUCAGCCAUCAGUUGAUGCUGGAGCAGAUGUCAACUUUUGAUGUGAGAGCAGCGCACUGCACAGUGGCUUCAGAUCGUGCUUCCAUAGAGGAGCAGGUCACGGCGCUGUUUUCGGGGAUGGAGGACAAGACAGCAGCACCUUUGCCAUCUGCUGUUGAUGAUGGCGAGGUGGUUCUUCAACGAUUCGAACCGUUGCAAGAAGAUCCUUUGGUCCGCUUCAACGCAUUCAUCCGGGGCAACCUGCGUGAAUUCGUGAUCUCUCAGAUUGGAGAUGAACUUUCAGUGCCGUAUCACAUUUGUUUAGUCGCAUUCCUGCCAAUGAUUUUUUAUUCCAGCGUCAAUGUGCUGGGAUGUGACAAUGGGCCUUGUGCCAGCUCAGCCAAAUUGGCCGGAUACAGAUCCGUGAGUGAGUACAUGAUCACGCAAAUUGUCGGGUGGGUGCUUGUUUUCGUUUUAGCAUUUCCAUUGACAUACCCGCUUCUGCUUCGAAUGAUCAACUGCGUGCUCUCCUUCGGCGACGGUCCAUUACAGCUUCUCUUAGCCUUCCUUUGCUGCCCCCUGGCCUACAUCUACAUGUACGUUUGCGGCGGCAUUUGUUGGAGUUCUUUUUAUACUCUCGUGAAGGAGCCUUCCGCAAUCCAGCUGCUGGUCUUCCUAUUGGUCUUGGCUGUGCUCAUCAUGCAACUCCUCUGGCUGUUUCAAAAUCCAUCCCGCCGGCGCACGGAAUCUUGUCGCUGUGUGAAACGUCAAACCUAUGAGGCAUUGGCUCAUGUACAGUCAGGAGAGUAGUCAAAAACCAUACACCCGGAGAGCAUUGAAAUAGCAAAAAUAUGCAAAAAUAGCAAAGUAUAUCAAAGUAUCCAAAGAGAUCAAAAGAGGAUAAAGAUCGAGGUUCCUGACGGUUGCUGGAUGGUCAUCGAAAAUGUUGCCGAAGCGCUGAAACCAAGUUCUACUAGGUUAGUCCAAUGCUGUCCUGUUUCACUGGCACAUCUGCAUUUUUUGACCUUUAAGCAGAAGGCAUCUGCGAUGUGCCCGAUGUUGAAAGCAUCAAACGAUGAUGUGCGGAUGUGCAGUCAUCCAACGAAGUACAUGUUUGAACAAAAGGUCCAGCUGAAGCCAACAAACCUACACAUUUGCAAGUUUCUCAAGUUUACUAUCGCAUGCCGUUUGCAAGCCGAAGGUGCG